GACACUAAUAAACUAAGUCACUAUCUACUAAUAAUCUAGUCUAUAACUAUAAAUGUCUUAAAUGAGUAUAAUGUCUAUAUUAUAGACCAGAAUUUAAUAUAGAUCUAGUGAAUUCUAGUGCUAUUUAUUUACUACUAUAAUGUAGUAUUAGUAUAACUAGUAAUUAAACUACUAUGACUAGAUCUGUAUAUAUGAAUUAUCUAGCAUGUAUUAUAAUAUAUAGAUUAGUAUAAUAUAGUUAGUCUUGUAUAGCAGUAUUGAGUAUAACACUAGCCCUAGAUCUCGUAGGCCUACUAGUCUACUGUCUCUCUGAGUCUGGUCAACUAUCCUGCAGACCUAGUGCAGUGAUACUAAAUAUGGCCGGAUAUUCGGCUGGAUCAGGAGCUACUCUACUAUAAUAUCUAUCUAAUAUAUUCUAGAUAAUGGAGGGGCCAUCUUUCGAAUUCUUGUUACCAUUAGCAAAGUUAUAAUUUUUAAAGAAUAAGAGUAACUUAAUGUCAGCAUGAAUAUGGAACGACUGAAGUCUGUAUUGAUUGAAGCAUAGAAUAGUUAAUAUAGUUAUAGAUCUCUAGAUAACCAUAUCAGCACAAAGGUUGAUAAGUAUUGAUUUUUAAAAACUCAAAAGAUUUAAAAGAUAUGAAUGGACUAGAAAUUAUAGACUUUUUCAAACCUUUGGAAGACAACAAAAAUCUCUUCAUAAGAAAUAUUGUUUUAUCAUCAAAUAUACCUGAUCAGGAACAAGUUAUUACUCACAGGCUGCACAAAACAUUCUCCAGGUAUGGAUUAUUGUAUGAGGUUCAGGUUUUACCUUGUCAGACUUCAAAACUUCAAGAAAAUACUUCAGAUGAAAAGUCUCUACCUCAGACUGACAUAGAGAGCCUCUGCUAUUAUGCUUUUGUCAAAUUUUAUUCCUCUGUUUCUGCUGAAAAGGCAAAAAGUGCACUAAAUUUAACUCAUUUCGUUGGAACAAAGGCAUGCAAGGUGACAUUUGCAAAAAGAAAGAGAACUGGAUCUGAAAAACAAGUUCUGUUUAUAUCACAAUGUUUUGACUUGGCUAAUUUCUAUUUGGGCUUCAAUGGCUGGUCAUCUUCUAUAAAAGAGUUGAAAAGGGAAUUAACUGAUGUCUGUUUAUCAAGCAAGGAAGACUACUGUUGUUUUGCAUGCACUACUAAUAUUGUUAUACACCAUCAUGGCUUAAGUGUGAAUGGGAAAGGUUUCUCUUUGUUAAAAUUUUCUUCUGAAGAUCCAGCAUCUCAAAUUAAAGCACAUGGUCGAUGUAUGAAACAAGCAUAUCAGGAUAGUAUACAGAAGGCAUUCUCAAAAGUUAUUCUAGUUAUCUUAGGUAAUGGAAAGGUGUAUACAGAUAUUAAUUCCAGUGUGCCUGAAGAUUUAGAAGAGUUUCAACCAUCAUACAAGAGUGUUGCGGUCACUGAGUUAGAAGUAGAACCGGAGUUAGCGAGUGAUGAAGACAAUUUGGAUGAAGAAAAUAUCAAUAUUCUAUCUGAGUUAGAAACUGUGUUCAUGUAAAUAGAAAAAUUUGCUGUUUCGCUUUGUAAAAUGACUGGAAAUUGAAAUGCAUUUCUUCAUUGUUUAAAUUUGUUAAGUUUGAAUGUAGUUUAUGUCAGUAAUGUUGAAUGUUGUCUGUAAGAAAUGAAUAUAGAUCAUUGCUUGCAUUUCAUGAAAACGUUUUAAAAAAUACUUGUUUCUGGCCACAUUUUGGUGAUUGCUUGAAAUAGCAUUACUCAUAUGUGAGUUUUCCCUUGUAGUAUUUAGUAUCUUCUAUUUGAAAUUUGUAGUGUGUAUAAACAGUUUUUAUUUUAAUGCGUAUGUAAUUGGUUAAUAUUAAUGUCAUUUUUAUGACAGUUCUUAACUGUUACCUUCACAGAAAAUAUGAAAGUGUUUCCUGGAUAUGCAUUAUAAUAACAUUGUGUUGCAAUUCAUUUGUGUUCUUGUAAUGUAUAACUCUAAAACACAUUGUUUAGCUAAUAGUUUACAUGUAUAAUAUGUAAUCAAUGUAAUAGUUCAAGAAUGUCUAGACCUUUUCUUAAGUUCAAGUAUGGGUUGCAGUGGUUGUCUGGCAAAGGAAUAUGAAGGAGACUUGGUUUUAUACUUAUGAAUUUCAUAAUGUUCUUAGUAUAACUGAUUAGUAAAAUGUAUAAGAAAUAUGUAAAGGCAGUUGAUCAUUGUCAUAGCCACUUGUUACCUUCUUCAGUACUGGUAAUCAUUGAUCACAAAGAUGCAGAACUUUGAAUAACCUGCUGUAUAGAACUCUUUUACUUAGAUCCUAUCACUUUAUAGAAAGUAAAGUUGUAUUUUCUAUUACUUAUUUGUUGAUGUCAAUAAAAGAUUUCAUACAAAGA